GGGCUUCUGACUUGUGUAUGUUGAUCCUUAUCAAAAUGCAGGUUAAUAAUUAACCUGUUGGUCUAUGAAAACAAAGUCUUUUGGAUACUAAGGUUGUUCAGAUAAGACAGCAGUGCACACUGCUCCAUUUCUACACACAGGCUGACAGAGCGUUUCUUUCUGUACAGAAUGGGCCUUCCUGGAGGAUCGGGACAGUGCCUGGCUGGGCGAUUGCUGGCUCUCCUCUUCCUGAGCUCCCUGGAUUCAGUGCAGGGAGGGAAGCUGCUGGUUGUGCCAAUGGAUGGCAGUCACUGGAUCAGUAUGAAGGUGGUGGUGGAGGAACUGGGACGAAAAGGACACCAAGUGGUGGUUGUUAUUCCAGAGGUCAGCUUGCUGUUGGGGCCUUCAAACCAUUGCACCACCAAGACCUUUGCUGUGCCUUACACUGAAGAGUAUGUGAAGAUGCUACAGCGAAGCCAGAGAGAGACCAUGUUCGAGCAGAAACCUUUUCUUGAAAAAAUAAGCACCUUUAUUACGUGGCUUCAAACUAUAUCCAAUUUCACAAGGUCUACCAGCGAAAGCCUGCUGUACAACACAGAACUGAUGCAGUACCUGAAAGACCAGGAGUUUGAUGCUGUUUUCACAGACCCUGUAAUUCCAACUGGAGUCAUUGUGGCCGAGUAUCUCUCCCUUCCCUCAGUCUACAUGUUACGUGGGAUUCCUUGCGGCAUGGAAUUCACAGCUACCCAGUGUCCAAGUCCGCCAUCCUACGUCCCAAGAUUUUUCACGCGGAAUACAGAUCGGAUGACGUUUGCACAGAGAGGGAUGAACUUCCUCGUCAGUCUGUUGGAGCCUUUAUUUUGUAAGCUUGUUUAUUAUAAUUUUGAUGAUAUUGCAUCUAGAUUUCUUCAGAGGGACAUCACAGUGGUGGAAAUGAUGAGCCGCGCCUCUGUGUGGUUACUGAGAUUGGAUUUCACUCUGGAGUUUCCAAGGCCACUGAUGCCUAAUAUGGUUCUGAUCGGAGGAAUCAACUGCAGGGUGAAGAAUUCUCUACCUGUGGAGCUGGAGGAGUUUGUGAACAGCUCCGGAGAGCACGGCUUUGUGGUCUUCACUCUGGGCUCCUUAAUUUCAGAGAUGCCGCUUAAGAAGAUCGACCAGUUUGCAGAGGCCCUGGGCAAGAUCCCACAGAAGGUUAUAUGGCGCCUCACUGGACCCACACCUGGAAACCUCUCUGCGAACAUCAAGCUCAUGAAGUGGCUGCCACAGAAUGAUCUUCUGGCGCACCCCAAAGCCCGUGUCUUCAUGACGCACGGCGGGACACACGGACUCUACGAAGGAAUCUGCAACGGCGUUCCCAUGGUGAUGCUGCCUCUGUUUGGAGACCAGGCUGAUAACGUGCAGCGCGUGGCAUCCCGUGGAGUGGGCGUGGUCCUCAGCAUCUAUGACAUGACAUCACAGAGCCUGCUGGACGCGCUCAACACCGUCAUCAACGACAAGAGCUACAAAGAGAACAUGAUGAGACUGUCUACAUUGCACAAGGACCGCCCCAUAGAACCCCUGGACCUGGCAGUUCAUUGGACAGAGUUUGUGAUGAGACACAAGGGGGCGGAGCAUCUCAGACCGGCGGCUCAUGACCUCAACUGGAUCCAGUACCACUGCCUGGACGUGAUUGGUCUUUUGGUUGUCAUAGUGAUUGCUGUUACCUUAGUUACGGUUAAAAGUUGCGUGUUUUGCUUUAGGAAAUGUUGCAGAAGAUCCGGGAAGAAGAAGAAGUCUGACUAAGUAAUAAUACAGGACAAGGGGUGAUUAACAUGAGAUAAUCACACCCCCAAAGGUAUUCAGGGUGUAAUGAUCUCAUCUUAGUCACACCCCUGGAGUUGCUGGUUUUAAUCAAUAUUUUAAAUCCAAAGCAUAGUUUUAUGUGAUUUUCUCAAUGUGCAAAUGGGCCUCAAUUGUAUUGCGAAAGUUGUUCUUUUUAAAAAGAAAUUUUGACAAUUAAUUUUCAUCUUUCUAGCGCAACAUCCAAAUCAUAUAGGAUCCAGGAAAUUAAAACUGGAGCAUACAAUAAUUGAGACAACUAAAUACAACUGUGAGCAAAAAAAAAACUAUAAAAACGAGCUGUUUUUAUAGUUUGAAAUGCACAGUCCCUUUAGCAGUUAUAGAGUGAUAAGUUUAGUACUCCUAGCAUUGCAAAGCCAAUCAGUUUGUUACAUUUGAUGAUGAGGAAUUGAUCAAUUUGAACCAAGUCCCGAUGUAGAAAGGUAAAAAAAAAAUAUAUAUAUAUAUAUAUAUAUAUAUAUAUAUAUAUAUAUAUAUAUAUAUAUAUUUGGCUCUGAAGUUUAUAAAUGUCAAAUAGUAUAUGCGCUGGGGUCAGGCUAUUGUUAAAAUCUACAACACAAAAUAAGAGGGGUUUGUCUUUAUAUUUCAGCUAGAAAUCAUUGCGGAAUGUUGUCUUUUAGGAGGUUUGCCAGAAAGGAUACUGUAGUUCCAGUUGCAGUCAGACACUGGGGCACAUACAGUACUCUCAUGCCUGUUACAAACACACUCUUUAAUUCUGCCAUAAUGUAAGAUAUUAGAUUAUCACUCAGGGUUUUGUAUAUGCCACCUGACUUAUUAUGUUAGCAUGUUGGAUUACAUACAGUUUUGUAGUUUUCCAUAUACAGUAGAUGCCACUUAUUAACAACCUCUCUGUUCCCAGCAGAAAGUUGUCAUUAUCCAAAAGUUGCCCAUAAGUGAAAAGCCAGUUUUCAAGUGUAUUUAUAUGGAACAACAAUAUAUAGGCCUAGGAGGUUUGAAAUACAUGUGUUUUAAAUGUUAGUGUUAAAAAAUUUACAUGAGAAACAAAAUACCCAAACAUAGAACUGUUUACUUCAUGCGUGUGAAAGGGAGUAGGCUUAAAUAGUACUACACAACGAUGUACUACAAUUGUCCUUACAAUGAGUAAACAUAAAAAAUGUGUUGUACUUACAAUCAAUUCUAAAGAACACAAUUUUAAAAUAAGAAAUUGUCCAACGUUGUCUGCUUUUUACAAUGUACCACCUCAAUUCCAUCUCAAUUUUGUGUGCAGCUUCAUAGUCAGUUUCAUAGCCACGAUUCUGCCUCAGUCCAAGUAUGUGCAUAAAUCAUGUAAGUGUGCCUGUAGCACUGGCAACUAGUAAUAAAGUUGUCAAUAAGCGGUGUGCAGUUGCUAAUAUCAGAAUUCCAUUAACAUUAAAGGGCACAUAAGGACCUUUUUAUUUUAUUGUUACAUAUUCCCAUGUGUUGCUACAGCUGUUUACGUCAGGUGUGUGUAUUGCUUUAUUUUUACAUUUUGACCACUUUUUUAAAACUUUAAAUUGCAUUCCCUGCCUCAAGAUGGCUUCCCAUGUACUUGCAUGGACCUCUCAGAACUACAUUUCCCAUCAUCCUCCUGCUCACAUAUGUAACUGAGAUGGAUUUACCAGUCUGUGCAGUAUGCUAAAACAGGCAACAAAUUAUUGAGUAACAUCGGGUCCAGUUUUGGUCUGGUUAGUAACUGCUAUCCUGUGAGAUUUCAGUUGAACAAUAUACAAGAUUACAAUGCAGCUGUGUUUGGUUUCAGCGAUAUGAGACUUGGGAAGAGUGCUGACAGUAAGCAAUACCCUUAAAGAAUGUACACUAUACAGUAAUCCUUUAUCAUCAUAGCAUUUAUUAUACAUUUGUCGAGAUCUGUAUUUCUCCUUGGACCAAUAUAUGAUAUUGAUAAUUGAAUGUUAUUUGAAUAGAAUGUAAAGUAGCAAUUUUUUGUUGCAGAAAAGGGGUACAGUUUUUACUGGCCGUGCCUGUAAAAAAAUAUUCUUUCUUAUAUAUUGCUAUUAGAUAACAACUCCAUAGAUUAACUUUCAUUGUGAAGUCCUCAAGGUUCUAGUGAUACCUCCGGUCACACUGUGGUCGUGAGAUGACAUGUUGUGUCAGACAUUGAUAUAACAAGGUGAUCAAUGGCUUAUCAUUUUACAACAUAGCGAUGGAUAAAAAAAAAGUUUUUGUUGCUGUUGUUGAAAACCCCUUAAAAUAGAAAACAACAAUAAUCACAAUCACAUUCUUUCUAUGACAUGUUUUCACCACAUGGGGCACAAGCUCCCCAAUCUUCCUCAGCAUGUGCACUCUCCUACCUGGAACCUGUUUCUCAAGGACUCUGGGGGCGAAAUGUAAUUUACAAUCCUUUACAAGUUUCUCCAUGGAGUCAUUGUCCAUGUUUUGUCAGUUGUCUGUGGAGGUUCACCUCAGGUUUUAUAGUUCACAUAUAGCUGAACUUGAUUUUUACAUGACUGAGGUCAACCCUUACGACCGCCUGUUUAAAAUAAGUGAUUUUACUCUUUCAGCAUCCUCCCUUACAAUUGUGCUGAAAACAAUUCAUUAAUUGAGCCCCAGGUUUAACAUACAGUAGAUUUGAGUUCAAACUCUACAGAUUGCUUUUCAUGUCAUAAACUCAACAUGGUAAUAUUCAAGUGUAUACAUGAGGUGUAUCCUUGUUGUUCUGGAGGCUGUGUGGUCAAGUGGUUAAAGACAAGAGCUUGUAACCAGAAGGUCCCUGGUUCAAAUCCCACCUCAGCCACUGACUCAUGGUGUGACCCUGAGCAAGUCACUUAACCUCCUUGUGCUCCGUCUUUCGGGUGAAAUGUAAUUGUAAGUGACUCUACAGCUGAUGCAUAGUUCACACACCCCUGUCUCUGUAAGUUGCCUUGGAUAAAGGUGUCUGCUAAAUAAACAAAUAAUAACGGGAUUACAGAAAACAA